UUUUUUUUUUUUUCCCUUUUCCUCCAAUUCUUCUUCUUCUUUUGUUGUUGUCGUCGUUGCUCUUUCCAUCCUUUGUUUUCGCUGCUUUCCGAGGGCGCCGAAUUAUUUGCCCGCUGCCAUUGACUGUUAUUUCAUGUUCGUUUCUUUCCUUCUAAUUUGUUGGAUCGUCCACUAGGUACCUUCGAUCUUUGCGUAUGCUUUGUCUGCCCUGUAAAUAAGGGGACCACUCACAUCGCCGUUUGCCGCAGGCCGCCAUACCGUGCGACUACUUCGUGGAAAAAAACACAAUUCAAUAAGAGAAAAAAAAAAAAUUUCCAACCAACAACUACUUAUACAGUGAUUCACCGUUGAUGACACCCUCCUCUUUCGCCUCUUGACCAAUAAAUCAAUUGUCUUAUCUCUCCACGCCCAACCUUUUCGCCCAACUACGAUUUUGCGAAAAGGAGUUCAGAUAAAAGGGUCAUGACGGCCUCGCCGCCAGGUUCGCCGACAGCUGCGCCGCAGCGACCCUUCAGCGGCGUUCUGCGUACCCCCAGGAGCAACAGUCGGAUGAGCAUGAGCUCGAAACACGGCGGAGGAAGUCGGGCUUCAGAUGAGGAUGGCAAGACGGCUGUCAAAGUUGCUGUCCGUGUCCGACCCCCCUUGAAGCCCGACGACCCGAAUUAUGAGUUAAUCCCGCAACGUUUCCAACGUUCCAUGGUCCACGUCACCACGCCAACCAGCUUGGCCGUGGAUGUUCCGCAGGGUCGCAAGCUAUUCGUUUUCGACCGAGUUUUCCCCGAAACGGUCGACCAGGCCGGUAUUUGGGACUAUCUGAGCGAUAGUGUUACUUCUUUCCUGCAGGGAUACAAUGUCUCGAUUCUGGCCUAUGGCCAGUCAGGUGCGGGUAAAUCCUAUACGAUGGGGACGUCGGGGCCCAAUGAACAGAGUCACCAAGGAAUGGGAAUCAUCCCACGCGCGGCCCAGUAUCUUUUUGAGAGUUUGGAAGGCCCCUCGAAGCACAAUCGCAACAGCUCGACCGGCUUACGGACCCCGGCGCGGUAUUCUAUUAGCUCGGCCUCAAGUUUCAGCAAGGCGAGCAGUGAGAAAACCUGGCAAAUGAAAGCUACUUAUGUUGAAAUUUACAAUGAGCACCUGAGAGAUCUCCUUAUACCGGAUUCAACCCCCACCAGUGAGCGCAGCACGGUUACGAUCCGCGAAGACACAAAGGGCCGCAUCAUCCCCACCGGCCUGCACCAGGUCAACAUCAACUCAAUCGAUGAUCUUCUGGGCGCACUCAACUUUGGCUCGGCCAUUCGGCAGACGGACUCGACUGCAGUUAACGCCAAGUCUUCUCGCUCGCAUGCGGUCUUCAGUUUGAAUCUGGUUCAGCGUAAAUCCCCGAACGGAAUGAACUCCACUAAGGAUAAGCGCAUGUCAAUGCCCGCCGAGAUGCCCUCUGGUUCCGAUCUCUCCGUGACCGUCGAGAGCAAAUUCCAUUUCGUCGAUCUUGCUGGAAGCGAACGGCUGAAGAACACGGGAGCAUCUGGCGAGCGCGCCAGAGAAGGUAUCUCUAUCAACGCUGGUCUCGCUGCCUUGGGCAAGGUUAUCUCGCAAUUGUCUUCCCGUCAAGCAGGCUCUCACGUUUCCUAUCGUGACUCAAAACUGACACGGCUUUUGCAAGACUCCCUCGGCGGCAAUGCGUACACCUACAUGAUUGCCUGUGUGACGCCUGCAGAGUUCCAUCUGAGCGAAACGUUAAAUACGGUUCAGUAUGCACAGAGAGCUAGGGCAAUUCAAAGUAAGCCUCGGAUACAGCAAGUACACGAUGAGAGCGACAAGCAUGCCGUUAUUGAAAGACUCAAAGCGGAAGUGGCCUUUUUGCGACAGCAGCUCCGCAAUGCGGAGGAUAACGAACGGCGCAGCGUCGCCCCGCAAGACCGGGCGGAGCGCCAAAAUGAAAGGGAGGCAGAUCUCCAGAAUCAGCUCCUUGACAUUCAAGAAAGCUACAAUGCGCUCAGUCAGCGUCAUGCUAAACUGAUCUCCGAGCUUGCUAGAGAUUCGGAGACAGAAGAGGGCGCAGUUCCCAACCAUGCCGCCUCGGACAUUGGCAAGAGUUCGAUCGAAAGACUGAAACGGUCCCACUCUUUUGCAGAGUCCGUAGAGCAAGUUGUGCUGGAAUACGAAAAGACGAUCCAGAGUCUCGAGUCUUCCCUUUCUAAUACCCGGUCUUCAUUAUCUGCGACAGAAAGUACACUUCUUGAACGCGAGACCAGAUGUACUUACGUCGAAACAGUCAACACGCAACUCCAAGCGCGAAUCCAAAAGCUUCUCGAGCGAGAGUCCGGCACAGAAAGCUAUCUUCAGGAAUUGGAAUCUAAGCUUGACGGUCAUUCUUCUGGGGAGGAGAAGCAAGCGGCCAUUAUCGCAGAGCUUCGUAAGGAACUGAGUCGCGCGCGCGAAAGUGAAGGAAAUUGUGAAGAUUAUAUCACCACGUUGGAAGAGCGGUUAGCGGAAGCCGACCAAGAUAUGGAACUUAUGCAGCGGGAGGUUGAUCGCCUGGAGCGUGUCAUCGAGCGUCAACGGAGCCUCGGGAAAUUAGAUAAUCUUCUUUAUGAUCUUGAUCAUAGUCAGGAGAACAGCAGCGCGAGGAGGGACUUUCUUGAAGAGACCGAGAUGCUCACACCGGUCAAGCAGCGCUCCCAUCACCAUCAACGGAGAACGGCGUCCCUGGAUGUGUUGACCGAGGCUGUCGAGACUGCCAUACCCGAAUCCGAUGAGGACCUGGGUGAACCUGCCCCCGAGGUUGAGGACGACACCCUCAAAUCGGACCCUGUUGGUGACGCUAACGAGGAUCUCAAAGCGUUGGAAACCGCUACUGAACACCUGGAGACCGAUCACAAUGAACAGGGCCUCCCCGAUCGGACUCCUAGCCCCACUCAAUCCAGGGUCGUUGCGGAUAAGCUAGACACGGUCACCCAGGAGCUGUUCGAUUUGCGCAUGCAGCAUGAAUCUACGAUAAAUGAGUUUGAGUUGCUCGAAGCAAAAUAUGAGCAAGCGCUGAAGCAGUUGGCCGACCUGCAACAGGAUGCCGCGGAUGAGGUUCGCCAUUCUACAUCUGAUGCCCGGCAUCUCAUCUCACCAGCCCCUACUUCGCGACCCGUGUCUUUUUUAGAGGAUCCCAAGGCUCCCGACUCGAAGACUGGAACACAACAGUCGUCCUCGCGAUCACUCUCAUCGGAGUUAUCGUUGGUCGGGGAGCCUGCUGCUUCGCACGAAUCGUCUAACGCUAAGUCUGGGCCCGAAGCAGAAAACCAUGUUGAUACAGUGUCAGAGAACAACGACGCCAAAGCGCAGGAAGUCGAGCAUAUGCGCAGGCUGCUCUCCGAGCACCAAGAAGGUGUCAGUAUCAUGACCCAGAAAUAUGCCGAGCUACAAGCCGAACAUGCUGAGACUCUGAAUCUCAUCGAAUCGCUCAAGGCCGAAAUCCAGAAGCCGAAGGUUUCUCCUCCUACAACACCGGGCUAUAAGCCGGUUAUUCGGAGGAAAACAAGUCAGACCCUGAUGGGAAAUGUCGACAGAGCGAAUCGCUCUCUGGCCGCCUUGCGGAACAUCGCAGUGGAAGAAUUUGAAUCCCGUCCUGACACGAUGCAAAACUUUGAGGUACACCUGGACUCAGCAAUGCAUGAGCUGUACAAUCGUAUGGAACGUAUUCAGGCAUUGGAGGCCGAAAACCAGAGUGUGAAGAAAGAAAUGGAGACGAAGUCGACUAUCAUAUCUGGGCUUACUCGGGAACGUUCCAGUUUGCAGGGUGGUGGUGGUUCCUCAGUAGAUAUGGGCCUCGUGUCUCAGCUGCGUGACCAAGUUGUCCAACAGGAAAACUUCAUCAACGAGCUAAAGGAAGCGCACGAGGCCAGAGAUAAGCUUCUCUUAACCGAAAUAGAGGAGUUGAAGGCUCUUCUCACAACCCAGGAGGCCGCCGCUAAAGCACAUGAUGCGGGCAUUGAGGAGCAAGAUAGAAAGAUCGGUGUCCUUGAGGGUGAACUGACAGAGUGGAAGUGCAAGCACCAGAGCGCCGUGGAAUCCCUGCAAUCUUCCGAGCAGCAGCUUAGUACCACUUUAGCCGAGCUUAACAGUGCCCUGGCCACUCUGGAAGCUAUGCGCACUGAACGGGCAGCUGCUGGUGAAGCGUCAUCCGCAGAGAAGGAGGCUGCCGCAAAAGCUCUGGGAAAUGAAAGGUCCCAGCAACAAGAGCUUGUCGAGAGUCUGAAGCGUGAUAUUGAGCACCAUAAGACUACCGCUGCUACUCACGUGGAUACAAUCGCCUCCCUCGAGAAGUCACAUAGCAGAGCCCAGCAACAGCUGUCUGAGCUCCUUGCAUCAAAGGACGCCAGCGGAAAUGAAAUCGAAGCUCGCCAGAUCCGUGUUUCUGAACUGGAACGGGACAUUGAAUCCCACAAGUCUCUUGCUGAUUCAUACAAGAAGGACCUGGAUUCCCUACAGGAGUCUCACAAAGCAGAGCUUGCCGAGUUAGAAGCACGGGCUAAGGCUGCGGCACAGGCUGAGUACGAACUGCAACUCACGGAGAAGGAUACCGAACAUGACAACGCGAUGAAGGCUCUGAGAUCUGAAAUCACGGAAUCGAGAGAUGAAUUGAUGAAGUUGCUCAAGAUGGUUUCUGAUCUUCUGAACUCGGAUGUCACCGCAGACAAUCUGGCAGAACAGAUCCAAGAUAUUCUCACGCAAAAACAAAAUUUCUCUGAUAAAUAUGCUGAACUGAUGGGUACGAAUGAAGAUCUCCGCAAGCAACUAGAGCUCAAGAGUAACGACGCCGACCGUGUUGACGAGCUUACCAAGAGCAACUCUGACAAAGAAGCGAAGGUGAAUGAGCUUGCUCUCUUGGUCGCCACACUCGAGGAUACUCUCCACCAGAAGGAUGAACAAGUCAAAAAGAAGGAAGCUCUUGUUGCGGAAAUUACCGCUGAGAGGGAGAAGAGCGUUCGGCUUGUGGAGGAGCUCGAAGAGCAGAUCACCAACAGUUUCGACCAACACAACAACCGUGUCUCUGUCAUUCAACAGGAGCGUGAUCAGGCUCUGGAGGAUGCAAAGGCCAAGAUUGUUACUUAUGAGUCCGAUAUCGAAACCUACAAAAUGCGGAUCGAGCAGCUUGAGGUAAGCAGUACCAUGACGACCAAUGACAUGCGGCCGCUAACGAAUCUCCAGCUUCAAAUCAAGAACGGCUCGAGCCAGGAUUCUGCCUCCCACGAUCGGAGCAGCUCUCUUACUUCUAACUUACGGAAGAGCACUUCUGCAACAUCUCUUCCAUCUCCACCACCUGCCAUUCCGCUUCCCCCUCUCCCUACCAUUGCUUCUGCUACCAACGGUACCUCUGGUAGCAUCUCCCCUCCAAGCUCUCGGCACACUAGCAAAGAAUUGGUCAAUACCCAGAUUGUUGAGGAUCAGGAGGCUCGUAUUCGCACCAUAGAAAAGCAUCUCUACGCCGAGAAGCAGCUUACUGCUACACUUGAAGAAGCCCUCGGAGACCUUGAGGCCCAGAGUAACAAGGUUAAGUCCGACUGCGAGGCCUGGAAGAAGAAGGCGUGGCAGCUCGAGGAAGAGCUGACCACUCUUCGCAAAGAACGCAACUCCCAACGCCUCUCACUCCAAGCUGUGGAAGAAGAGAGAAAUGCUCGUCGUGAAGCUGAAGCCGCCAGGGCUCAGCUUGAAGAGCGAAUGAAUGCGCUCAACAAGAAGAAAAAGAAGAGCACUCUGAACUGCUUCUAGUUCCUUUUGCUCCAUACUUCCAUAGAUCUGUUGUUUUGUUGGUUUCUUUAAGACAUGAUGUUCAUUCCCCUGUAUUAUGAAUUCGACGUCGAUUCCCCCUUGUUCGAUUCGCUGAUACCUUUUUUUCUUCUCUUGUUUAUUUGCACCCCUUUUGUCCCAUUCAUCAUCCUCGCGCAUUCCCCCUUCUUUUGCGGUUUUGCAUUACGAUUCCUGCCUUAUGAUGACUCAUUUCGCCGUGGUUGGUUGUUGGCUUAGCCUGAUGUUCACACGUCUAUACAUACUGGAUCUUAGGCUGAACAAAUUGGCGCUGAGUAAUGUGUAUAUAAAGUCCGUCAUAUGACCGCUUUGAAGAGCUCAUGUUCUGUAUUCAUGAGGCUUGUGGCUUUCUUGGCUUUGUCCAUGGUAUUGCUAGUAGCUGACAGUUUGUCUGUAGAGAGUUCUGUAUCGGGCACGAAGAUCCGUGUAGUAGAAUCAGAAUACAACACGUCCAACAUGCUCCUACUUCCAUGAGAAUACUGUUACUCAUGUAGUUCAAAAUAUACACUCCGACCAAGCUGCAAAAAGCUCCAUCC